AUGGCGGCCGCCUGCGCCAGAACGCUUUGUAAGGUCGGCUGGAAUAUUUCGGCAUCUGCAGCCGCCCGUCGGCCCGGUACGGUUUCCUACCUGGUGGGGAAUGUGGGUGCACACGGGUCUAGGAGGGCGUACGGCACCGGCGGGACCGUGGUCCGCCCCAAACUGCUCUCCUCUCUGCGGGGAGGAGGAGGCAGGGUGCUGGGCUGUGCCUUCCUGCUCGGUGGAGGUUUGGGUUUAUAUCACACUGUGAAGUUCAGCUUCCAGCAGCACCUGGCCGAGGAGGAGACCAAGGUUUCAGGAGGAGGCGUGAAGCUGACUCUGUACCAGUACAAGACCUGCCCCUUCUGCAGCAAGGUGCGGGCGUUUCUGGACUACCACGGGCUGCCGUAUGAGAUCGUGGAGGUGAACCCGGUGAUGAGGCAGGAGAUCAAGUGGUCGGCCUACAGAAAAGUUCCUAUUCUGAUGGUCGAUGGCGAACUGCAACUGAAUGACUCAUCUGUCAUCAUCAGCUGCCUCAAGACAUAUUUAAUCAACAAGGAGAAAAGUGUGUCUGAGGUCCUUCGCUGCUACCCAGAGUUGAAGUUUGUGAAUGACAGUGGGAAGGAGGUGACGGAGUAUUCCAACAAGUACUGGCUGAUGCUGAGUGAGGACGAGACCUUGGUGGUUUACCCCGAGAAGGGAAUGCAGAAAGAGGAGAUGAAGUGGCGUCAGUGGGCCGAUGAUUGGCUUGUGCAUCUUAUAUCUCCCAAUGUGUACCGCACUGCCGAUGAGGCCCUGGCGUCCUUCGACUACAUCGUACGCGAGGGCAAGUUUGGUACUUAUGAAGGGUUCUUUGCCAAAUAUGUCGGCGCUGCAGCCAUGUUUCUCAUCUCAAAAAGGCUGAAGAAACGACACAACCUGCAGGACGAUGUCAGGCAGGAUCUCUACAAAGCGGUCAACAGCUGGGUGGCAGCCAUUGGCAAGAAGAGGAAGUUCAUGGGUGGAGAGCAACCCAACCUGGCAGACCUGGCAGUGUUCGGCGUCCUCAGAGUGAUGGAGGGCCUGCAGGCAUUUGACGACAUGAUGGAGAACACCAAGGUCAAAUACUGGUACAGACGCAUGGAGAGAGCGUCGCUCAACCACGAGGGCCGCAACUGAAGGAACAGCUGAAGCAGACCACAGAACACAGAGCGCUUCCAGCCUCAAAAAGACUGAACAGUAAACCGCCAGCUUGACAGUGACCAGCAUCUGGAAGUGGGAAGUCCUGCUUUGAUUCUGGAGAUUUCGGUUUGAGAACAUGCACAACUGCCCUGAUUGAUUUCCUGCCAGAGACAUACAAGUGGAAACCUAUUGAUUUGUGUAAGAGAGGUCACAGCAGACAUUUGUGUAGAUAAAGAUCACACACGAAAACACUUUUGCCAGAUAUGUAAUUUUACCCUUUAAUGACACAGCUGCUUUGUGGAGGAACCGUGAGUCUGCUGUUCAUUUAAGCAUCUUUUACUAACCUCUACUGGUGAACUGUGGUAACUGCACCAAACAUACUGUUUACAUACUUGGCCAACACAGUAAGGUCACAUUUUCACGUUUUGGGGAGGUGAAAAUAUUGUUCUUUAGUAGUUAGCCUGCAAGGUUUCCAUGCAGAUCUGGAAAAGUCUGGAAAAUAUUUUUAGGACAAAAAGUCAGAAAAACUGCUUAACUGAAGUACUUUUCAGUCCUCCUCAUGACCAAAAAAGCUGUAAUUUGGGAGCUGCUGCUUGUAUUUCACAUACAGUACUGUAUAUUGUAUUUAUGAAAAACAAAACACUGUUCAAAUCUAUAAACCACAAAUAUUUAAGUUUGAGCUUUCAAGUUCUUCUGACUGUAAAAAAGGGAACAGAGAGAGAGAACAAGAAAAAUAAUUCACUUCACUUGGAGUAUCAGAUACACAUCACUGACUUUAAAGUGAUCGAAAUGUUUUUGUCUAGUUGACUCUCAGGUUGCUCAGCUAAUUUAUCAUUAUUUUAAUUCCAAAGGCAGACGCGUGGUUGCCUAGGAUAUUACUGCUUAUGCCAAUUUUCAUCUUGGUUCAGUAGUUUCUGUGUUAACUUGUCAGAGAUAUCAUGAGAUCGGGGUAUGUCUGUGGUAGUUUGUUGCUCUGUGUACCUGAUGCAGGAUCAGUCUGGCAGCGAGGAAUGAAUAUGCUAAUCGGUUGCUGUUCUCUUUGGGGUAAAGUAAAAUAAAAUGUUAAGAACUGGUGAGCUGCCAGUUUGAAUGUACUUAAUGUGCAUAUUGCAGAUCAAGUUAUUAAUUAAUUGUAUUAAAACAAUGUGCAUUAGA